AUGUGGUUGGAGUGGGUGGAGAUCAUUGAACCGCGGACGCGGGAACGGAUGUAUGCCAACCUGCUGACGGGCGAAUGCGUGUGGGAUGCUCCUGCGGGUGUGCGGAUCAAACGCAGCGGUCAAGAUCAGUGGUGGGAGCUCUUCGACUCCAACACGUCCCGUUUCUACUACUACAACGCCUCCACUCAACGCACCGUUUGGCACCGCCCCCACAAUUGCGACAUCAUCCCCCUCGCUAAACUUCAGACGCUCAAACAGAACACAGACACGCCUCCGCCCAUCGCUACGACGACGACCACCGCAUCAGCUGACAGCAGCCCCGCCCGCAGCGGGGUCAGCACCACCUCGUCACAGGAACAAGAAGAGAAAGCCCCAAGAGAAGACGGGGAGAGGUUUCGGUGGGGUACAGGCAGUAAAGAGAGGAUGCUGAUUAAAGUGUCAGAGCGGGAGCCCAGUUUCCUGUCUCAGGGCAACGGUUAUUCUGGCUCCUCUCCCCGUUCCAGACGCUCCUCUGGCAAUGCUCCACCUGACCCUGAGGCCAAUCCCCUUUACCUGACUGACAGACGCCAGUCACAGUCUCCCUUCCUGAAGAGGGCGGAGCUAGGUGGUACUCAGCGUCGUUGCUCUGGAGACUCACAGCCUCCCUCCCCACGAUAUGCUUAUGAGCCACCACUCUAUGAGGAGCCACCCUCAGAGUACCAAGCCCCGCCCAUUUAUGAAGAACCGCCCACUGACAUGCACUGCGACUCCUCCCAUUAUGGCUCUGAUAGGUCGCCAGCACGUAAACCUGGCCUUUACCACUCCCCUAAGCAAAGCCCGUCCCCCUAUGGACAGCUAGUGCUGACCAGACAGCGAGGCUCCACCCCUGAGAAGACUUCUGUGCAUGAAGGGCGGGACUACAGCUCCACUGGACACGACUAUAGUUCUGCAGGGCGGGACUAUAGCUCAAGUGGGCGGGACUACAGUUCUAGUGGAAGGGACUACAGCUCAGGUGGGCGGGAUUACAGCUCCGGUGGGCGGGAGUAUAGCGCCGCUGGGCGCGAAUACGUGAAGCAGCUCGUUUACGUAGAGCAGUCCGGCUCCUCCCCCAGAUUCCGGACAACGGAACGGGUGCUAAGCUAUGGAACGACGGGUCCGGGAGGAGUAUCUGCCGGCAUGUCUUAUGGCGGCUCGUUUACGCUACAGCACAGCCAUGACGCGGGUGGUGGGAAUCGUAAGCGUAAGAACCGUAAACCGUCACUGCCUGGAGGAGAGGGAGAGAGUUUUGGGUCAGGGUUAGGAGCGGUCCUCACACAGGCACGCCUCGCUUGGGAGGCGCAGCAGGUCAUUCACCAACGAGGCAGCGUUUCCUCCGCGCAGCAAGCUGGAAGCGCUAAAGAUGGCUACGAGAGCGAUGGGGCAAUGCCCCUUCCUCUGCCAGGGCCAGUGGUGCGAGCGUUUAGUGAGGACGAGGCCCUGGCUCUGCAGGAUGGGCAUUGGAAACGUGCCACCUUAGACAGAUUGGCAUUUCCUCAAACACUGCUGGAGAAAAGCCUGUCUGUACAGACCAACUUAGCAUCCCCUGAGCCCUACCUGCAUCCCUCACAGUCGGAGGAUCUGGGAGCAUGCUCUCAGUUUGAAGCAAGCCGAAAUGCUCGGAACAUGAUGCCCAGUGCUAGCUGUGGCAUUUUCCAAGAAUUCACACUGCGUAAACCCUCCUCUGAGACCGACAUAGAAAACUGGGCAUCUAAACACUUUAACAAACAUACACAGGGUUUGUUCAGGAGGAAGGUAUCUAUCGCCAACAUGCUGUCCUGGAGCAGCGAACCUAUAAAGAAGCCCAUGAUCGUGACCUCCGACCGCGCGGUGAAACGCGAAGCCGUGGAACUCUUCAAGCUGAUCCAGACUUACAUGGGCGACCGACGGGCGAAAGGCGACCCCCUGUCCGUGGCCCUGGAGGUGGUGGUGAGGGGAUGGAGCUGCCAAGGCCUGCGGGACGAACUCUACAUCCAAAUGUGUCGGCAGACCACGGAAAACUUUCGCUACGACAGCCUGCAGAGGGGCUGGGAGCUCAUGGCUAUCUGCCUGGCCUUUUUCCCUCCGACGCCCCGGUUCCACAACUACCUGGAGGGCUACAUCUACCGACACAUGGACCCUCUGAAUGACACCAAGGGAGUGGCCAUCAGCAGCUAUGCUAAAUACUGCUAUCGCAAACUACAGAAAGCUGCCCUCACAGGGGCUAAAAAGGGAUUGAAAAAGCCAUGCCUAGAGGAGAUUGCUCACGCACAGAAUGCCAUCUUCAGCCCCUCCAUGUUCGGCUCCUCUCUGGAGGAAGUAAUGUCUUUGCAGAAAGAGCGUUACCCUGACCGACAGUUACCAUGGGUACAGACCCGCCUGUCAGAGGAAGUCCUCGGUCUAAACGGAGACCAAACAGAGGGCAUCUUUAGGGUGCCAGGGGACAUUGAUGAGGUGAACGCUCUCAAGUUGCAGGUGGACCAGUGGAAGGUGCCGACUGGCCUGGAGGACCCACAUGUCCCAGCGUCUCUGUUGAAGUUGUGGUACAGGGAACUAGAGGAACCGGUGAUUCCUCAUGAGUAUUAUGAAGAAUGCAUCUCCAACUAUGACAGUCCUGAAGCUGCUGUAAACGUUGUGCACAACCUCCCUCACAUCAACAAACUGGUGCUCUGCUACCUCAUCCGCUUCCUCCAGGUGUUUGCUCAGCCUGCUAAUGUGUCAGUAACUAAGAUGGACGUGAGCAAUCUGGCGAUGGUGAUGGCUCCUAACUGUCUGCGAUGCCAGUCGGACGAGCCACGCGUGAUCUUCGAGAACACAAGGAAAGAGAUGAGCUUUAUUAGAGUGCUCAUCCAGCACCUCGACACCAGCUUCAUGGAUGGGGUGCUAUAA